AUGGGUGCCAGUAUGAAGAAAAAGAAGGAGAAGGCAAAGGACUUUCAAAAAACGAAAUUGAAAGUCGGCAAGACCAAGGCCAAGGCCUCCAAUUUCACAGACACUAGUUUCAAGUCGAAAGCAAUUGUCAUGGGACACCAGUCCUUGUCGACCGAAGCACCCGACGUCGUCUAUCAAUUCAAGCACAACCUCUCCCUCGCCUCCUCUUCCCGCUCCGACAAGCAGCGCAAAGACGCCUUGGCCUACCUCACCAGCCAGCUCGUCCUCGAGCCGCCCGUCAACCCUGUGGGCAGCGCCGCUGUGCUCACCAAGCUUAUCCCGCUCCUCUCCGACAGCGCGACGCCCGUCCGACAGCAGCUGCUCAAGCUGCUGCGCGUGCUCCCCGGGCACGAGGUGCGGCCCGUCAUCGAGCAUGCCCUGAUGUUUGUCCGUGCGGGCCUGACGCACCUCUCGAGCGACAUUAGCAACGACGCCCUCGCCGCCCUGGACUGGCUGCUCGACGUCGCCGGCGACGAGCUCGUGAUGUGCCCCGGCGGCUGGGUGCGCACACUGACGACGUUUUGCGCCGUCAUGGGCUGGGCGCUCGCGGCGUCGGUCACGGGCUGGACCUCGGCGGCCAAUGCCCGGACGACUCUCAAGCCGAAGGACGCGCAGAACCGCGCCAAGCAGAUUGCGACGCUGGCCAGGUUUCUGCAGACCGGCUUCAAGGACGAGGUGGCGGCGGAAGCGACGAGCGCACAGGUGUGGGACAAUUUGUAUCGGAUACCGCGCUCGGGCAACGCGUUUGAGUAUCUGAACCUGUUCAUGGCGCAACGGGAUGAGGAUGCGGAAAUGUACCCCAAUAAAGAGGCUAGACAGCAAAUAUUCCAUAAACGCUUUUUGGACGCGGUUCGGAAAGGGCUGGAUCAGACAAAGAAAGAGGGCGGUGUUACGGGACGAGCAGCUGUCGGACUGGAGCAGGUCCUCGCAAAAGGCAUGGAGGAUUUCGAGGUAUCAACAGCACUAGAUACUCAGGACCUCGCCCAGAGUACCGUCUUCUACGUGGCUCGCUACUGGGGCUGGAUUAAUGUAUCUUUAAAUCGCCGCGUCUGUAAAAGAGAGCCCUCCAUGAAUAAGGAUGGGCCCGAUUUACAAUGGAAAUCUGCACGUACAUCCAGCAUUUCGCCGGCAAUCAAACCAAGCAACGUUCUGGCCAUUUCCUACAUAGGUAGGUAG